AUCCGAUGAACGCUUAUGCGCAGCCGGCUGUCAAGUUCGAUAGGGUAGGGUAGGAGGUACCACCGACUAGGGUAGAACACCUCGUGAGCAGAGUGGCCAAUGCCGUGUUCACUCGCUCCGGCUUUCAAUUGAUUUUGUUCUUUCGCGGUGUCAAGUACCCUUUUUCUCUCCAAGUAAAUUUCAAAGAAAGUGUCUCAAUUUUUUCAAGUGGUUUUUCCUCGUCAAGAAAUACUCCAACGUUUGAAUUGAACCAGUGCAGCACACAUCACCGCCCUUUCAAAUCUCUACGAAAAAAAAGAAGCAACAAGCAAAUUAGAAAUGGCUUAUCGCAACAAUAACCGUCGCAACGGAGGAGGUGGUGGUGGUGGUGGCGGUGGCAACUUCGGCAACAACUAUGGUGCUGGCCGAAUCAACCCCUGGGACACGGGUGUGGGCGGGGGCCGUGGCAAUAAUGACGCCCUCACGUUAGCCAACAGUCUGAUCAAUAAUUUACUCCGCAAUCAAAACUCCAACCAGGUUCCGCCGUCGCUCCUGGACGGCGUCCAAUCGUCCCGAUUCGACGAUAUGAAUGGAUUCCCCUUCGUCCGGAAUCGGUACGGCAAGAACCGUAACAAUAACGGCCCCUAUAAAGGUGGCAUUCGCAAGCCGGAUGCAUUCACCCGUUCCAAAAAUGUUCUGGCCAAAAAUUCCCAUAAUAAAAACAAAUCCGAUGCUAGAGACUCCUCGAACAAGAAAGAGAGCAACAAGCAGGGAGCAAACAAUAAGAAGGGAAACUCGAGCAAUGCAGGAAACAACAGCAAGCAACAGCAGCAGAACCAGCAGCAGUCGAAGAGUUCGCCGUACGAUGAGGUUUCGAACGAGUACCUGUACUGUCACAUGUGCGAUAAGCACAUGUACGAUGCGACCUCGUUUGAGAACCAUAUUACGGGUCGCACCCACCGGGUCAUGAAGGAGAGCAUCGAGGAGAGCUACCGCAUGCGGGCCACUCUGCUGCGCCAGGAGGCCCGGAUCGCCGAACAGCUCAAGACGAUCGAGAUCGACCGGCUGAAGCGUAUGGGCAAGGCCAAGAACUACUCCAAGAUGCGCGAGUACUGUCCGAUGUGCGAGUUGUUCUUCUAUGGCCAUAUAAUCGCCCAUCGGAGAUCGGAGAAGCAUCUGGACCUGAAGAAGUUCUUGCACCCCAAGUGCGAUGAUUGCGAGUUGGAGUUCCACAACCGCACCGAGUACGAUGACCAUUUGUUGUCUGUGGUUCAUAUGAAGAACUGCAAGACAAAACCAAGCCGACUUGACAUCGAGAAGAAAGCAAAACAAUUGGUUAUCUCCACUGCUAAUGAUGAAUUGCUAGACAUUCGUGAAGAAACGGCCCCGAAAAACAAGAAGAAGGACAAAGAUGCUGCCUCUUCGGCAGCGAAAAAAACAGAAUCGAACAAAGCUUCGACAGCCACGUCCGAAUCUGGUGAGGCCACUGCUACUGCUACUAGUGCGGAUGCGGCCAAGCCAGCCGAUUCGGAGGCGGGUGCCGAAAAGGUGCCCGCAACAGGCGCGGAAGAUGGCGCAGCUGCGGAAGAACCGAAGCCCGACGAGGACGUCCCCGAGGACGAAAUCGUCAAGGACGAGGAGAGCGCGGAUUGCAUCCUGGACUACAAGUUCGGGGACGAGAUUGCCCCGGAGAUCGACAACAAGCUGCCGCGGUACAAGAAGAACCGUGCCCUCGGCAUCAGCCUGAUCAGCAAGCUCGAGUGUCACGAGUGCCGCAUCUGUCACAAGUACUUCGACACCGAGGAGACCGGUGAGAUCCACGCUCGUACGCACUCCCAUUACCGUGCGUUCAUUCGCUUCCUGAACGAGAAGGCCAUGGAGGUGCGCAUCUCGCAGAAGCGCGCCGCCGUCGCGUUGGAGGAGGCUGAGGCUGCCAAGAAGCAGAAGCUGGCCGCUGCUGCCGCCGAGGAGAAGAAGGCCGCGGAGGAGACCGAGAACGGCGACGCCGAGAAGAAGGACUCCGAGCUGUACGACCCGUCGGAGGCUACGGGUGAAGAAUCUGGCGACGCCAGCAUGGCCGACGACAGCAAGAGCGACGACGCCAACGGCAACAGCGAAUCUCAGCAGGAACCGAUGGAGACGGACGGCGCCGAAGCGAACAAGGGCGGUGACGCGGCCGCGUCCGCGGACGAAAAGUCCACCGCUUCUUCCGGUGAGGCGGCUCCCGCCAAAUCCGACGACGCCUCCCAGGACGAGGCCAAGGAGAAAGAGGAGGAGAAAACCACCCCCGGAGGCAAGAAAAACAGCGGGCGGGGACGUGCCGCACGUUCCGGCCGUUACGGUGGACGCUACUAAAGCGGCAAAGAAAAUAAGCAAAAAAUUUAAACUCAGAUUCAUCACAACACUUUCAGCUUCAACUGAUCAUAACAAAAGAAAAAGGGUUUUGUGCAAAGUCAGCUAUUUUCAGAGCAAUUCUGAAGCCAAAAAAACUUACUCUCUGCAAUGAUACAAAACAAAAAAAUCACACGACACAUUCAAAAUAUUGUAUUUUUAUUCUAUCAAACUCUACUAUUUGAUGAUAACGUUUGUAAUGAUGCCACACACAAAUAUAGCAAUCUUCAAUGAUUUUAACAUCCUGUAAUGAUAAUCUUUUUUUUCGUUUACUAACGAUCAUUUUAGUUUUCCUUUGUGUAAUCCUAGAUAGGGCAUUGCGUCCAAUAUUAUAGAAUAUUAUUUAAAUUUGCAUUAUUUAAAUACACUUCAUCAAUGCGCUGUAACGCCAAGUACAGAAGAAAUGUUUAUGCAUGACUAAAUAUAGAAAACCAAGAAAAUGUGUUUGUUACAGAUAUAAACAAAAAAAGAAUCCUGCAAAGAAGAAAUUAAUCACCACAAUUCAAGCAAACGGAAACAAAUACUUCUAGUAAAUGUGCACUCGAACGCUUCUGUGUCGUCCAGGCUUUCCAUAAUAAAACAAAUCAUAAACAACCAACCACACACAAAAGUGCGGGUUGCUUAAUGCUUCUAUCGAACCUCGAUACUUCAGAAAGACGAGUGCACAUUUUUACGUAUUUAUUAGUAAUUUAUGGAUAAUUGUGUAAACCGUUGAUGCUGAUCUGCCAGCAAAACAGAAAGCAAAUAAUAUUUAAUGAAAACAAAAGCAUAAUAUAUUCUCUCAAAUGUAAGCAAACAAAACAAGUUUAAAAUUAAAAACACUAAAUUCUCGGUAUCGUUAAGUAAUCUACCUAAAAAUAAUGAACAAAAUGUAAUUGUAUUUCACAGGAAACAAAAAAAACAGUAGUAGCAUUGUUGUGGGGCAAACGUUGAAAACUCUGCGAAAAAAUAUGCUUCUCUUUGUGUAGUUACAGCAAAAAAUCACCUUAAUAUUGUGCUUCGAAUUGAUUGAUUUUUUCACUGAAAAAUUCAAACAAAAAAGAUUUAGUUUUAUAAUAAUUGGACAAUGGGCGCAAAAAUUGAACCACGGGCAGUUUAGUAGAGGACCGUCGUCAUCAUCCCUUACCACACACUCCACAUGACUGUUUGGGUGCAUCAUUCGAAAAACAAUCGUUGGUCCUGCAAGAGCAGAAACACCCACAGUUAACGGAAACGACGCUUGCGUAAUUCGUAGCGAUCCAUUUGUGUUAUAGAAGUGCACGCAAACAUGUUUGAACUUGAGAAAAAAAGGCAACCCAUUUGACAAGCAUAUAUUUGUAGCAAACGUGCAUCAUCCGUGCGAAACUCCCUGUCUAACUUAUUGGAGAUUUGAAAAAAGAGAAAAAAAUAAAUUCCCAAUAAAAAAAUAUUCACAACAAACAAGCAAACAAAAGUUAAUAAAUUACACGCGACAUCACCGCUAAAAUGCAAUGAAAAACGAAAAAAAAAAUACAAAGCAUACAAAAACAAAACAGGUACCGAUGUAACGGAGCAUAAUUGUGAAACCGAAAAAUAUUCUUCUAGUGAUUGACAAAAAUAAAACCAUGCAAAAAUCUGAGUUUAAAAAA